UCGGUCCAAUAUAAUAAUAAUAAUAAUAAUUAAAAAAUAAAAAUAAUAAAAACAAUAAAACAAAUAUAUCAUCACCUGUUUUACGGACGGACGUCGGACAGGAAUCGUCCCGGAUGAAGCCGGACAGCGCGGUGCAGAGCGCGCCCUUCGCCGGCCGGAAGCAGAGUCUCAUCGAAGACGCGCGGAAAGAAAACGACGGCAGGGUCACCUGGAACUUCCUGUUCAGCCUGGGCAACGGCCGGGACGCCGGUCUCUUCAAAACCGGCAAGAUGUUUGAGACGCUCGAAGCUAAACUUCUACACAUAGAGAGUCGACCGGGGAAGAAGACGAAGAACGACACGACGGGCCUGGAGUUCUUCAUGAAGUGUGAGCUGCACUGCUCCGACCUCGACGUCUUCAUCAACUCACUCAAGAGAGUGGCCGACGAUGUUCGCACAAUCCCAGAGGAGAAAGUUCCCUGGUUUCCCAGAAAGAUAAAAGAUCUGGACAGAUGCAACCUGUUAAUAACCAAAUAUGACCCGGACAUGGACCAGGAACAUCCCGGAUUCAGUGACCCAGAAUACAGGAAAAGAAGGGCUUUUAUAUCUGAGCUUGCCUUCAACUACAAAAUGUGGGACCCCUUGCCCAGAGUUGAAUACACGUUAGAGGAAGUAUCCACAUGGAGGGAGGUAUACAAGACCCUACGGAGCAUCUACCCCAACCUGGCCUGCAGACAGUUCCUGGAUGGUCUGCAGCAGCUCGAGAGAGAGUGUGGCUACGGAGAGGACAGCAUCCCUCAGCUCAGAGAAGUCUCUGCGUUCCUGAAAGAAAAGACAGGCUUUCAGCUGCGUCCAGUUGCAGGGCUGCUGUCAGCCAGAGACUUCUUGGCCAGUUUGGCUUUCCGGGUGUUCCAGUGCACCCAGUACAUCCGCCAUGCCUCAGCACCCAUGCACUCCCCUGAACCAGAUUGCUGUCAUGAACUACUUGGCCAUGUUCCCAUGCUGGCAGAUAAAGAAUUUGCCCAGUUUUCCCAGGAGAUUGGUCUUGCCUCACUUGGAGCAUCGGAUGAAGACAUUGAGAAACUCUCAACACUGUACUGGUUCACCGUGGAGUUUGGACUCUGUAAGCAGAAUGGGACGAUCAAGGCUUAUGGUGCUGGACUCUUAUCCUCUUACGGGGAACUGGUUUAUGCCCUGUCCAACAAGCCGGAGUACAAACCCUUCAACCCAGAGGAGACUGCAGUCCAACCUUAUCAGGACCAAAAGUACCAGCAGGUUUACUUUGUCUCCGAGAGCUUUGAGGAUGCUAAAAUAAAGCUGAGGAAGUACUCAGCGGCAAUCAAACGUCCCUUCUCAGUGCGCUACGACCCGUUUACCUGCACCAUGGAGGUUCUGGAUCAGCCUUGUAAGAUUCAGAACGUCUUGAGCCAGAUGAGGGAGGACCUGAAGAUCCUUCAGAGUGCCCUGGAGAGGCUGGGCUGACAUCAGAUUCAAGUCCAUGGACAGAUGUGUCCAGUGAUAUGAAAGCCAGGCAGAUUAAAACGUGCACAGCAAGCACGAGACUGAGCAUUCUGCCUUUGUAAAUGCAUGGGAGAUAUACUCAACAUCAUUUAAAAAACACUCCAAUCAGAAAACAGAUAUACUCAUGAAUGUUUAUGGUGCACUGUAGGGCUGUUCAUUGGUUUGUAUGAUACAAAUGUUAAGU